CUCGCGACUGUGGCGCCCCCGGAGAGAUCAACAACGGCUGGCGUGACCCCGGCUACAGGUUCACCUACCCCACCCGGGUCACCUACCACUGCCACGAGGGCUACGAGCUGAGGGGCCGGCCGUACAGGGAGUGUCAGGCCAACGGGGAGUGGUCCGGGAUACUGCCCGAAUGUGAACCUAUUCACUGCAAUGAGUUGGGUCCCCCUCUGCACGGUACAAUGAUCGGAUCCGGUACCACCUACGGAUCGGUUAUCCGGUUUGUGUGUAAUGACGGGUUCAAGGUAGUGGGGUCGGCCGAGAGAUCGUGUCAGCCUGACAGGACUUGGAGUGGACAGGACGCGUUUUGUGAGGAGAUUAACUGUGGACUGCCUGGCCCCCUCUACAACGGCUACCUGGACGGACACAGGACAACUGUGGGAGCUGUGUACUUCUACAGAUGCAACAUCCGGACCAAAUUCAACGGGACGUCUUUCUCGACCCAGUGUCUGGAGAACGGGCAAUGGUCUCACGCCGUGCCCAAGUGUCUCGGCCAAUGCCAGGUGCCAACCAUCAUGAAUGGAACCAUCACCAACGGACGAGAGGGCGUGUGGGUUGACCACGCCACCGUCAUCAGACCUCGCUGUCUGCACGGGCUGGUACUCAACGACUCCAGACCUGUCACCUGCUACAACGGUACCUGGACCAUCAUUCCGCGCUGUGUGCCUGCCCCGUGCAACGCUCCUCCCCCGCAAGUGGACAACGGUCACCGAGUGUUCUUCGGCCUGUCCCACGGGUCCAGGGCCCGCUACUUCUGCAUAGCCGGCUUCAAACUGUCCACCACCAACCGCUACAUGCACUGCGAGUACGGUCAGUGGACGGGGGACAGACCCACCUGUGAGGAAA